UUUCUAGUUGUUUGCUACAGUGUUGAUUUUGGUUUGUUUGAGUCGUGUUGGGUUGUCGAAUGAUGUUCAGAGUUGUACAGUUUAUUGCAUCGUCUGCUGGGGUGGUAUCAACACCUCCAGUUGUUCGAUGGAAGCCCCUUGGGAGUGGUGGCCUCUCGUUCUCGUCAAUUUUCGCCAAAUCAUCUUCAACAUCUUCAAGAGCCGCAGCGUUUACUCUUGUUUUUCCUGUUGUUUCUGCUCGCCGGAGUGGUUGCUUCAGGGCUUUCCGAUUAUUUGCAUCUCUUUCAGAAUCAGAUGAUGGCUCGUCUUCUAUUCCUUCAUCAAGUGCAUUUCACACGCUGCCUCAAAUGGGUAAGAUCAAAUUCUGUCAGUGGUGUGGUGGCCCUACGAAGCAUGCUAUUCCGGAUGGUGAUGAAAGAGAGAGAGCUAUUUGCACGAUUUGUGGCAAAAUUGCAUACCAAAACCCAAAAAUGGUUGUUGGUUGCCUAGUUGAACAUGAUGACAAAGUUCUACUUUGCAAGCGUAACAUUCCACCAAGUCAUGGCCUUUGGACGCUUCCUGCAGGCUACAUGGAAAUUGGAGAGUCUGCCGCAGAAGGGGCAAUUAGGGAAACUUGGGAAGAAGCAGGUGCAGAGGUGGAAAUAAUAUCACAUUUUGCUCAUUUGGAUAUCCCUCGUAUUGGGCAAAGUUACAUCAUUUUUAGGGCACGGUUGAAGAAGCCUGGGAUUUCAGCUGGUCCCGAGUCAAUGGAGUGCCAGCUUUUUAAACUUGAAGAUAUUCCAUUUGAUUCUCUGGCUUUUUCAUCAAUGCUGGUAGCACUGAACUUGUAUGUUCAAGACAUCAAGUCUGGUAAACUCAAGUUUCACUUUGGUACCAUAAACAAGAGAGAAGGUGCUGGUCCCUUUGACAUUCAUGCCCACACUCUGGAUUCCCAUGUCACAACUGAUGAUUCUCAUUGCCAUUCUUUCUUUGUAAAGUAGCACAACUGAGAAAGAAUAGUUGCAGUUACAAUGCUUUGAAGGUCGGAAUUGGAAUUCUUUUUCAUAUUUCUGUAGGGGAAAAAGGGCACUUAUAGCACUACAAGGUUGAUCAUUGAUUGACGAGGUCAAACUACUAAUUAAGGUCAGGAUGGGGCCAUGGGUUUCUCUGUGCAGAUAUUUGUAAGGAUACUAUGAUUAUUUCCCUGGUGAUUACCAGGUCAAUUUAUUACUGUUUCUUUCAUAAAUUUGUAACGGUUGAUUUAAUUACUUUUGUACAUUGUACUGCUCAUUUUACGAAUGAAUGGAAAGAGAAAAUUGUGCUUUUCUUUUU